GAUAAGUUCAACAAGGUUUGAUUGGUUAUUUUAAUCAGGAGUUGCUCUACCAAAAAGGGAUAAUCCUUUCCUGCAAGGUGGUUAGUAUGGAGACUGGUUUUGAUAGAACUGCCCUCCAAAUGAGUGUGCAGUAGGUUUUGAGUGAGUGGGUUUCUUGGUUUCAAGUUCCCCAGAUUCUGAGAAGUCGGAAGUUCUCUCAGCAAUUCUUGAUCCCUACCACGAUCGACAGCCACGCUCCAUCAGCAGUUCACCGAUACCCUCCCUCCACCACCCCAGGGCAAUGUUGCCAAUCAACCAGAAUGCAUUCAACCUGUUCCGAUCAUCCUCCAGAACCACCCGGCCAAGGACCUGCUGCAAACUACUCAUUUUCUCCCGGGGUGCGAAGAUGUGGGUCCCGGUACCUCAAAAGGCCAAGACCGAGCCGGACAACCUGGCUCCACUACUAGACAGUCUACGGUUGGUUAAAGCUGUGAAGAUCGAUCAACCCGACCUACCUAUCGAACUAACGAUCGAACCUUUGAUGAAGAAAACGGUGAAUGCCAACGUCUUGAAAGGUCGCUUUGUCCUGACGAACCCGGUACCCAGCCCAGCUUCUUCGUCUUCUGGUCAAAACAACGAGAGUGGGAAGGAUGUGAUCGCUGUCAUUUUGGACGACCAAUCUGCUGAUGACGUUCGGUUGGCUAAGGAGCUAGGCGUGGACCAUUUCGGUGGACAGGAUUUACUAGAUAGAAUCCUUGCAGAAGAAGUUAAACCCACCAAACUCUUGGUCCAUUCUAAAAGUCCAAAGAUUCAGAACAUCUUCACAAGUUCAGAAAGCAAGAAGACCCUGUUCAAGACUCUAUCACAAUUGAACCUGAUCAUACCAUCAGAAAAGCGAGGAACGAUGUCAGAGAACUUGAAUGAAUUGAUCAUGAAUUCCAAAAACUCGAUCGACUGGCUAGUCAAGAAAAAACCGACGACCGAGAAACCAAUACAACCUUCAGAUCCAACCUCUUCCUCUCCAGUUAAAGCUGCAAAAGUGAACAAUAAAAACUCAAAGAAUCAAAUCGAUUCGUUUAUCUCCAUCCCCGUCGGUUCGAUCCAGAUGAAUCUCAUCCAUCUCGAACAGAACAUUUCAGACUUCCUCUCCAUGGUUUCGAACCUCACUCAAUUCGGUACUGCCUCCACCACCACUGCCUCUAAAAGUUCGUCUAACUCCGAUACUCUUCCUAAACUAAAAUCCAAUUUCAAGUCUGGUCGACCGAUCAAAAAACCUGGUAUCUAUAAAGCCACACUGACCGUCAAAGGCAUCCCGCCGAUCACUGUCAUCUGAACGCAAUCCUUCAUUUCUAUCUCUAUCUCUCUCUAUUUUUUUUUCUGUCUUUAUUUGGUACUCAAGAAGGGAA